AGAUAUUUAUUCAGUGAAAUUCGCCUAUAAAUAUCGAGUACUGCACCAGCAUCAUUCAGUUUCAAUUUGAAAAGCGAAUUGAGCAAACAUGAAGGUCCUUGCUUUGGUUUUGGCUGCUGUUGCCCUCUGCUCCGCCGCCCCCCGUGAGGAGGGUCCAGGAUGCCGUGCCCCAAAUGGUGGUGGUCUUGUUCCAGUCCUCGAAGAAUUCAUUGAUAUGAUUCCACUUGAUCAAGUCUUGGAAAUCCUUUUGACCGCCAUCACCUCUGACCCAGAAGUUCAAACCGUAAUGGAAUACCUCUCAGGAGAAGAAUUCCACGGAAUCCUUCUCAGUAUCAAGAACGAUCCUGAAUUCAAUGGUUUGAUCUCCUUCUGUUGUCAAGAAUUGUACAUCGAUGCUGCCUACUACAUCAACUUCGUUCUCGGUAUCCUCGGAUUCCCUGAAAUCCGUUCAGACCGUGCCUACCGCGCUGGAGGAUUGAAGGGUAUGUUGGAUGAAAUCCUUGCCCUUGUCCCACUCGAUGCUUUGGAAUCCCUCCUUAACGAGAAGUUGGCCACCGACUACUACCUCCAAUUGGCAUUCAAGAAGAUCAACUCUGAUGAAUUCGGUGCCGUCAUCGAACGUCUCCAAGCCAAUGUUGCCUACGUCGACAUGAAGGAUCGUCUCCGUGGUUAUGGAGUUGAUGUUGAUGGAAUCAUUGACUUCAUUAACAAGAUCUUCCACCGUUAAAUGUUGUAGCUCAAGGAAUCAAGUAAAAUAAACGCUUAUUGAACAAA